AUGGGAAGCAUAGACAACAUUACACUGCCUAGCGACGCUCACAUUCUUGCUUUUCCAUUCCCAGCCAAAGGCCACAUAAAUCCCCUGUUGCAUCUGUGCAACCGCCUCACGGCGAAAGGGUUCCGAAUCACGCUCAUAACCACCACUGCCACAUUCAAAUCUGUGCAAUCAAAAGCAAGUGGAAAUGGAAUCAAUAUUGAAUGCAUUGAAGAUGAAUUGGAACACCAAGAUGCUGAAGGGGACAUGGAUGACUAUUUCAGGAAGUUCAGGGCUGCUGCUUCAAAAGGGUUGAAAGAUCUUAUUGAGAAAUUCAAGAAAAAUGGGUAUUCCUUACCUAAAGUUGUGAUUUAUGACUCAACCAUGCCAUGGAUUUUGGAUGUGGUUCACCCCAUGGGAGUUAAGGGAGCUUCUUUCUUCACUCAGUGUUGUUCUGUUUGUACUGUUUACUAUCAUAUGGGUGAUGGGACAAUAAAAGUUCCCUUUGAAAAGGACAUAAUCACUAGAUUGCCUUCAAUGCCACCUUUGGAGUUUGAUGAUCUUCCUGGUUUGCAAUAUUUUCCUGAUCCUAAUGGUACCAUUACAAGGCUGCUCACUGAUCAGUUCUCAAACAUCGACAAAGCGGAUUACAUUUUGUUCAACACUUUUGAGAAGUUGGAGGUUGAGCUGGCAACUUGGAUGGCAAAAAGAUGGCCAAUCAAAACAGUUGGACCAACAUCACCAUUAACUUUUGCCCACGAGAAACUCAAAAACACCACUACAAAUGAUCACCAGGAGAACUAUUUGUUUGAGACCAACACAGAAACUUGCUUGAAGUGGUUGGAUCAAAGGGAACCAAGUUCUGUUGUUUACGUAUCAUUCGGAAGUAUAGCAGCCCCAGUCAAAGAACAAAUAGAGGAAGUAGCAGAGGCCCUAUUGAAGAUCAAAUGCAGGUUCCUAUGGGUAGUGAGAAGUGAAGAAGAGAGUAAGCUUCCAACAAGUUUCAAGGACGAUACAUCAGAUCAAGGUUUGAUCAUAAACUGGUGCCCUCAGCUGGAUGUUUUAGGCCACCAGGCGGUGGCGUGUUUCGUGACACAUUGUGGAUGGAAUUCCACCAUUGAAGCAUUGAGUUCAGGGGUCCCAAUGAUUGCAGUGCCGCAAUGGGUUGAUCAAACUACAAACGCCAAAUUUAUCGCAGAUGUUUGGAAAGUUGGGAUCAGGGUUAAGGUUAAUGAGAAGGGAAUCGUCACCAGAGAUGAAUUUGAGAGGUGUAUUAGGGAUAUUACUGAGGGUUACAACGGGAAAGAGAUUAGAAGAAACGCCACAAAAUGGAAAGAAUUGGCUAUUGAAGCUGUAAGUGAAGGCGGGAGUUCCGAAAGAAACAUAGAGGAUUUCGCUGCCUCACUUUUAAGCUGA